AUGGAAGAAGAACUCCAGCAGCUACGAACAAACGCGUCAUCUGAUUUGAUGACUGAUGAGGAUUUCAUCGCCACUAUCGAGUCGAUGGGUGUCGAAGCUCAGGAACGGGAAAUCAAUGAUUUGUUGAAAGCAAUGCACGAGAAUCGAAUCGUUUCGUGGGAUGAAGCUGAGCGCAUUCUUAUGGAAACCGAUCAGACACCCAUAAAAUGCAGCUUGCCAGAACAAACAAGACCUACAGAACCAGAUAAUGAAAUCGAUGUUGACCAGUGUAUCAGAAAACUGCUUGAUAAUGAUCCAUCUCUCAAAGAGAUCAAUUUGAAUAAUAUGAAGAGAACUCCAGUUCCUGCAAUCAAAAGACUACUGGAAGCCCUGGCUUAUAAUGAACAUUGUGAGAGAAUUUCCCUCGCCAACAUGGGAUUAUAUGAUCAUGACAUCAAUGUUCUGGUCACUGUCAUUGAAAUGAAUCAGGCAAUCAAGAAAGUGAAUUUGGAAACUAAUUAUUUGAGUGGAGAUUUCUUUUCGAAGCUGUUCAAAGCAGCUUUGGUGAAUGAAUCAGUUGAAGAGAUCAAAGCAGUGAAUCAGGGAGUUUCAUUUUCAACUCAAUCGGAAAAAGAGAUUAUUGAUGCAAUUGUGAAAAAUCAUGGACUGACGAAGAUUUCAAUUAAUUUCCGGUUACCAGAAGGAAGACAUAAAGUUGAAAAUGCUACGUUGCGAAAUGGAGAAUUUAAACGGAUAAAACGACGAGAAGCGGCUCAAAAAGCUCGACUGGAAGCUGAGGAACUUGCUAAGAAUCCAGUGCCUAAAUUGGUACCGGAGCCUAAAAAGGAGCCAGAGCCGAAGAAAAUUGCUCCCAAGAUUCCGAUUGGACCAAAAUCUCUUGUUUCUCCUGAACCACGUCCUUCUGCUGCUCCAAAAACUGUUCCAGUCGUGGCAACUGCUCCACCAAAAUCUACAAUUCUGAUGAAACAACUAUCCUUCCAAAGAGCUAGUAGAGAAUCUGAAGAAGAUACUGAGCUAGUUGCACCUCCGCCAAUUCCUGAGCCGCCGAAGAAGUUAGCUAUUCCGAAGACUUUUAUGAAAAAUGAGGAAACGGUAACUCUUCAAAAAGUGGCAAAGAGACCAACUAGACAGUGGGAACCCAAGAAACAAGAGUCGCUUGAAAAGGAAGAUGUGAAAGAAGAACCGAAGAAAUUAGAAGAGAUCAAGAAGGUUGACAUGAAGAGAGAAGAGAUUACAAAGAAAGAAGAUGUCAAAUUGAUUGAAGAUAUCAAAAACAUUCCCGCUAAAGUUGAAAAGAAACUAUGGGAACCGAAAGUAGCUCCAGUUCUUGAUGGAUAUGCUCCGAUACUGGAUGUAUCUGGAAAUGCAGCUGCCACUGUUGCGAAACCAAAACUAGAUGGUGCAGCUGCUGUAAAAGUGAAAAGACCGCCCAUCACAGCUAAAAACAUUUGGGAACAAAGAAUGGCAAAGAUUGAGAAAAAGGAGGAAAAGAAGAAGCCACUGCUUUCGAUUCAAAAAAUAAGAGAAAUGGAGAAAAAGGAUGAAAUCAAGAAAGAAGAGGAUGAUCGAUUGGAGCAACUUUUGAAAAAAGAGAAAGAACCGAAAAGAUUGAAUAAUGAGCAUAAGAAGUUAUUUGAAAAUGGAAGAGAAUCAGUGGAAACAGCAGUGAAACCAGAAAGAAGACACGUCCAGAAGCUUGUUGGAAAGAAGCCAAAUUCUAUUCUGAAUCAUUCAGAACUAACGAAAAUUGAGGGAGAAAAGAAAGAAGAAACGAGACCAACUACAGUAAUCAGACGAACUGUUAUGAGGAAAAAAGAGGAGCCAAAGGAGUCUGAAAUCUCUGAAAUCGAAAAACCAAAAAGAAGAUUGGUUCGGAAGAAAAAAGUCGUGGAAGGGGAUGAAACGAAUGGACAUCAACAUCAUUUGACUAGUGCUCCACCGCAAGCAGUUCAUUGA